CGUACUCAAAUUCAAGGAGCCGGUUUCUUAGCGACGUAACGCAUUAGGAGCUGGUUUUCUUUUAAUUUGAUUUACUGUUUACAAGUAAUUGUUGAGUUUGUCAAUAGUCCUAUUUUAUCAUUGGGCUAGUCGUUAUUUCCACUCACUGGAUACGGAAGCAUUUAUGUUCAAGGAUCAAAUACGAGUCUUCACGAGAUCCGGAUGAGAGAGGAUUCCUGACGCAUUUUUUCCUAGCUACGACAACGUGGAUCACACGCCCGAUAGUGGAACUGGAUCCCACGACGUAAUAUUUGUAGAAUAAAUCACCAAUUUCGUGGAUUACAGGAAUGCUGCUGUCGAAAUUAAACUCAUUCGCUCAUAUCUCCACCGUUGAUAUGCCGGCGAAAAUCCAGCUUCAAAUGCACCAAGGGAAGGAGAGGGAGCCAUUUGAUAAGGUUUACCAGGUCGGCGCUGUGCUGGGAAGUGGCGGUUUUGGCACAGUGUAUUCUGGCACGAGAAUUUCAGAUGGAGCACUGGUUGCUGUCAAACAUGUGGCCAAGGAUCGGGUCUCGGACUGGGGAGAGUUGCCCAAUGGCUCUCGUGUCCCUAUGGAGAUUCUACUCUUGAAGAAAGUUGGAAAUGGAGCUCGGGGGGUGAUAAAGAUGCUGGACUGGUAUGAGCGACCUGACAGUUUUAUAAUUGUCAUGGAACGACCAGAGAACGUCAAGGACCUCUUUGAUUUCAUCACUGAGAAGGGAGCCUUGCCAGAGGAGCUGGCAAAGAACUUUUUCCGUCAGGUUCUUGAAGCCGUGCGACACUGCCACAACUGUGGGGUUGUACACAGGGACAUCAAGGACGAAAAUAUCCUAAUCGAUCUUGGGACGGGCGAAAUUAAUCUUAUUGACUUUGGAUCCGGGGCAUUGCUCAAAGACACUGUUUACACCGACUUCGACGGCACUAGAGUGUACAGUCCACCAGAAUGGAUCAAAUACCAUCGGUACCAUGGGCGGUCAGCCACAGUUUGGUCUCUGGGUGUCCUGCUGUAUGACAUGGUGUGUGGAGAUAUCCCCUUCGAGCAGGACGAGGAGAUUGUACGAGGCCAGGUGCUCUUCAGACGAAGAAUCUCCACAGAGUGCCAGCAGUUGAUCAAGUUGUGCCUGUCCCUGAGACCCGCUGAGAGGCCAUCGUUUGAGGACAUCAUCAAUCAUCCGUGGAUGCAGAGCACAGUGUCCUCUGCUGAGCAGAGCAACAAGAUCAGACUGCACAGCAUCAGCCCUGAGCCUACCGCCUUCACCACCGUGCUGGCCCAGUGACUACAUCGCUGCACUGACAGAGACUAGUGUUACACUCAGAGGACUGACGUGGCUGUACUCUGAAACACAACAUAUACUAGACAGAAGGAAGUUACAGAUUCAUUUAGUUAAAUCUCUCCCUCUUUCUCUUGUGGCCAGACCCCACCUGUUCAGUCAGGUUUUGGACUUCAUGAAAACCAAAGUCCUUAAUGGCUACUUAAUUGGACACUGUAAUAGCGAAAGCUAUUCUCACCCCUACGAAGGACUUGCUCUAUAAUAUUGGCUGUGGAGUCCAUCCCUACCCAUGUGAUUGUUCUGCUGAAGGCAUGAACAAGUGGACAGACUUUGUUACAUAGCUAGCUACCAACCAGCUACUGUACUCUGCCCUCGCUCACUGAUGAGUGGGUGUCAGAGGAAGCAAAGAGGAGCAAAUCUAAGCGCCUUUGGUGUGAGUCAGAUUGUUGGGACCCUGGAAAUACUUGAAUUUCAUAAAGCCAACAUACUACUUCUUAUAAAAAAUUAAAUAAUACUUUACAAGGCUUUAUUUCCUAUCUCGUAGGACUAGAUCAGUAAAGCCUAUGCCAUAUUCCAAUGUCAACAGCAACAGGACAACCUCAUAUGGUGCACACAGACGUGUGCAAACAAGAACCUGAAAACUUACCUCACUUUCCUGCAUCCACCUCUGAGCUUUUAACUCCUGUCUACACAACUAGCACUCGUCCAUACCUGAAUGCACACUGAAAUGCAAAGCACCACACUGAAAUACUAAAUGUUCUGCUCUUUUGUUUAUGUGUAAACAAGUAUCUGAGUCUUUCGCCUAACAGGCGUAGCAUUGACGCCAUUGUGAGUAAUAUUUAUAUUGUGUGGUUUUUCUUUCACUUGAGCUACGUGGAAUUAUUUAUUUAUUUAAAGAGAUUUUCGGCUGUAUAUUUCAUUCCACAGUUAUUGAAGGGCCCACAGAUUAUUUAAACGUAUUUUCACCAUAUUUAUGGUUUGAAAUCUUCUGAGCAGACACGUGUGUGUAUAUGUAUAUAACCUUCAAAGCACUUCCAUUUUAAUGUAACAUUGAACGUCUACUGAUAAGGGUUUUUGUUACUGUAUUUGUCUGCUGUGGAUUUGGAUGAAAUGACUGGCAUACAUACAGCAACUUGUUUUCACCUCUAGUUGCAUGAUUGCGGCUUGUUUAGUUUUUUCAUCCAAAUGAGAAUUGUACAUUUUCAAUAAAUAUUUUUAUACAUUUUCAAUAAAUAUUUUUUUUACCUUGC